AUGGCUUGUUCCGAAUGCUUUCAAGGUCAUAUACAUGAUGGAAAGUGGACAGGAAAAGUGCGCAACAUCUUUGGGCGACAAACCUACGUCGCUACUCCGCUAGACGAUGUGCCGAUCAAGGGUAUCGUCGUAAUCGUGCCUGGCGCAUAUGGGUGGGAGUUUGUUAACAACAGGCUACUUGCCGACCAUUAUGCAUCACGUGGCCACUUUCUGGUUUAUCUUCCUGACUUUAUGGACGGUAGACCAGCUCCCCUUUGGCUUCUUGAUGUCAUGGCUCGAUUCGGAGAUGCCAAUUCAAUCUGGGACUUGAUAUGGAAACCAUGGUAUACAGCACAACUCGUGUACGGGGUUGUCCCAUUCUUCAUGUACAACAGUUCUGGUCGCGCCUGGCCAAGGAUACGGUCUUUUUUCGAGGCUGUUAGAUUACACGAAGGAUCUGAACGACGCAUAGGAGCCGCAGGAUUUUGCUGGGGAGGUAGGCCAGUAAUGACUCUUGCGCGCUCGGACGUCGACACCGCGAAUAGUAAGCCACUCGUUGACGCAGUCUUCGCAGGCCACCCCAGUGGUUUGUCUCUACCUGGCGAUGCGGAAAAUGUCACCAAACCAAUCUCCGUUGCCAUUGGAGAUAAAGACCAAGUGACGCCCAUGUCACAAGUUAACGUGAUGAGGAGUGUCUGGCAGGGCUUGGAAGAUGUUCCAAUUGAGUUGGUUGUGUAUCCUGGGGCUGGCCACGGAUUUUGCGUCCGUGUAGAUUCUAACAACAAGAACCAAUUUCAACAAAGCGAAGAGGCCGAAGAACAAGCGUUGAGAUGGUUUGGAAAAUAUCUUGGCUAG